AUGGUCGGAUGGUCGGACGGGGAAAUAAAUGUUCAAGAGGCCAAACUUCCCCUCUCCUGGACAGAACUGAACCGAACUUCAAUCACGCUAGGCAAGAUGGUCAAGAUCGACGAGUUUGCAGUAGAAGCAUGGAUGGAUGCACAUGAGCACAACUGCAAGUACAACAUUGCCGAAACCUGUUGUGCCUCCAUCUCCAUCGACCAACUGCGAGAGCUCUCCGAGAACAAGACAGGACCAGUCAUCGACACGGCCAGGAUCCUCAACUACGGCACCAUACGCGGAUCCGACGAGCUACGCAACAACCUCGCGCGCCUCUAUUCAGCCAAAGUCACUGACCCCUUGUCUCCCGACAACAUCCUCACCACAGCCGGAGCCAUCCAAGCAAACUACCUUGCCGCCUACGCCCUCGUUGGCCCCGGCGACCAUGUCAUCUGCCACUAUCCAACCUACCAGUCCCUCUACGACGUCCCCAAGCAACUAGGCGCAGAAGUCGACCUGUGGCAAGCAUCUCCCGACAACAAAUGGAUCCCGAGCAUCGACGACCUCAAAGCCCUCCUCAAGCCCAACACCAAACUCAUCGUCCUCAACAACCCCAACAACCCCACCGGCGCCGUCCUCGGCAAAUCCUUUCUCCAACAAGUCAUCGACAUUGCCGCCGCAUCCAACAUCACCAUUCUCAGCGAUGAAGUCUACCGCCCCCUCUUCCACUCCAUCGGGCCUCUCGACAAGGACUUCCCGCCUUCCCUCCUCUCCAUCGGCUACCCCAACGUCCUAGUCACCGGCUCCCUCUCCAAAGCCUACUCCCUCGCCGGCAUCCGCGUCGGCUGGCUCGCCUCACGCAACCCAGACAUCAUCAACCGCAUCGCCUCGGCACGACACUACACCACAAUCUCCGUCUCGCAACUCGACGAGCAAAUCGCCGCCUUUGCCCUCCACCCUUGCACCGUCCACGCCCUCCUCGCCCGCAACAUCCAACUCGCAAAAACCAAUCUCGCCCUGCUCGACCGCUUCGUCAUCAAGAACGAAGACGAGUGUGACUGGGUGCGCCCCUUGGCCGGUACCACGGCUUUUCUCCGCUUCCACCGCGAGGGCAAGCCUGUGGAUGCAGUGGAUUUUUGCAGCAAGUUGCUCGAGCAAACGGGCGUGCUGCUGGUGCCGGGGUCGACGGCGUUUGGCCGCGAGUGGAAGGGCUAUGUGAGGAUUGGGUUUGUGAAUCAGACGGAGGUGGUGAAGGAGGGAUUGGAUGCGCUGACGAAGUUUGUGAGGAGGCAAUUGGAGGAUGUGAAGCUUGCUGAGUAG